AUGGACCUGGAAAAGAAUACAAGCAAGCGCUGCCGAGGGCGCACCGUCACGGCAUGUCUCGAGUGCCGGAAGAUGAAGAAGAAAUGCGACCGCCAGUGGCCAUGUAACCACUGCACUAGCCGCAAAAUGGCACACAAAUGCCAGUUCUUACAGUCAACUCAAAGGCAUCAAAAGCGUAUGAGCACUACAAAAGAGACGCCUUCAACUGCGUCUUCGUCAUCUGUCUCUGGGUCGCAAGAUGAUGCCACUCAAGUCACCAAUUCGGCAUCUGCGAUGCACAUGCUGGGUUAUAUGUAUGAGAAAAACGAUGCAAUCUUUGGCAGUAUAACUCGCAAUGCUGAAUACACAGAUUCGUCUGAGGCUCUGCCAGAUCCGAUUCUCAAAGCCUCCCGCGCCGUGCCCCCACGGCCAUAUACAGACAUUCUGGUGAAGAACUUUUUUGACAAUGUCAACUAUCACUACGGGAUUUUGCACCAGCCGUCUUUCAUGGUCAUCUAUGUCGACUGGUGGUGUCACCGUCGCGAAGCCCAGAGCUUGCGCAAUACCUCAACCAUUGCGUUGACCUGCCUGAUUCUCCGCAUUUGUGCCAACUCUACACAGUUUCUCCCGCCUCAAACUUCAUCUCAGCUGGAGAUCGACCUGGGCGACUCCGUUCAGAAUCUAAGCAAGUCUUAUCACGAUGCCGCACAGAUAAUCAGCGGCUUUCUAUCUCCAGGCUCUGGUGGUCUCGUUAAUGCACAGCAGCUCUUUCUUUCAGCUACGUGGCACAAAGGGGAGGCGGACUUUGUCAGAUCUUGGCACGAACUAGGUGCCGCAGUGAGACAGGCUCAAGAAAUCGGUAUCCACAUGGAUGUGCGUUCAGAUAAGAUGAGUGAAUUUGACCUAGAGAUUCGACGAAGGUUAUGGUGUGCCCUGUACACAUGGGAUAGAUUUAUGACAGCCAGUUUUAACCGCCCUCCUAUGAUACAAUCAGGUGCCCCGUCAUCGCUACCGAAUCCAGCCUUGGAUCAGUCCAACACUCCUGAUGUCCCAUCUCAUAUUGUUUCCAAGAUACUGGAGAAUCAGCUUGCAAGGCAGCUGAGUGAAGGUGAUUGUGUGGACAAGACAAACCUACAGAGCAAGGUUGCUUUUGUUGAAUCAUGGAUGUCUUCUCUGCCAGCGGUAUUUAGCGUCGUCAAUCCAGACAGGCGAUGGGAUGCAGACUUUCCACAUAUACCCUUUCAACGCCUACAGUUGCACUGCGUAGGCUACAUGACGCAGGCUAUACUUUUGAGGUCCAUCUUUGUUUCAUCCGAGAUAUUCUCGGUGGAGCGCACCGAAACAGAGAUUUCUUCAGAAACCAUGGCUCUAUUACAUCAGAUUGUUGAUAUAAGCUUAAAAGCCAUGUCCGUCAGCAGAGACACUUUUGAUCUUUGCUUUCCACAACAAGCAAAGUAUUACAUGGUCGCAUUCUGUCCCUUUGACAAUGCAGCACUCUUGUGCUCUUUGUUAAUACAUGGUGUUGGCGGUACAAUGGUCCCCAGGAGGACAGAAGUUGUCCAUGCGGUUGGCCAGGCAUUGCACAUUGCUCACCGUUUGCGCGGCUUCACCAAGAUGGGUGACGCAACAUGGAGCAUCCUCUCCACACUGAAAGACCGCAUUAAUUUAUACCCUUGGGAACGAGAAUUGAUCGAAGAGAUGGAGAGUACUGGCACCCACAUCGCGAAAGAUGGCGUUGAACUGGGUGUUGAUUCGCUUCACUCUUCCAAAUUGAGUGAACAUUUUCUAUCUAUUUCGGACGAAGAUUUGCAGUUUAUGGAAAACACUUUGGCGGCAGAUGGAACCGAAUUCUUAGAAAUGGACUUGGGUAUUCUGGAUGGCGUUUGGAACUGGGACAGAGUGGGAUUCUAA